AUGCACGAUCUGGCAUCGGGAGAGGAUGGUGCUUUUCUCGAGACGCUCCUGAGAAGGCGUCCCAAUGUCUUCAUCAAGGUUUGCGAGAAAGCGCUGCAGGAGAUGUGCAGGGAGCUUGAGCUGCAGAAGGAUCCCUCGCGGAAGGCUCCUAUUCAGCAGUUGAACAUCGCCGUAAGCACCAACUUGGACGGCACAGCUGGCACACAGAAGCCCAAACUGAUCCGCGAGCUCAGACAUGAUCAGGUGGAGAAGCUCGUAGUGAUUCAGGGCAUCUGCACGGCUGUUCGAACUCCGAGGAGCAAGGUCCGAAGGGUGGUCUUGAGGUGCACCAACUGCGAGAACGUCGAGGAGGUCUAUAUCGAAGGCGGCUUCACAGCUGCCCACAUUCCUGCGGCUUGCAAAGGGAAUGCUCUCCGUGCAGGGAAUCUGGAAAGAUGCCCGCCCAACUCCUUCGUGGCUGACGCUUCGCUCAGCGAGUAUGCCGCAGAUCAGAGGGUGCGUUUGCAGGAGCUCCCCGAACACGUACCGGUGGGAGAGAUGCCCCGAUCCAUCGAUCUCUGUGCGCAGAUGUACGAUGUGGACUUGUGCACGCCUGGGACACGUCUCACUUGCGUCGGUGUUUUCAAUGCCUCGGAGAAGGCUGCAGGAGACAAGCUUACAAGGGGCAGGAAUCAGGGCACCAAUACGGUGAAAUACUCCUACGUCCAGGUUUUGGGUUUGCAGCGGGCCCAAGGCAAUCGUUCUCAGGGAGCCUUGGAGAUCAGCGCGGACGAGGAGGAGCGUUUCGAGCAGCUUGCCAAGGAUCCCGGCAUCAGGGAGAAGAUCUUCCAGUCCAUUGCUCCUGCCAUCUGUGCCACUGAGAAGGAUGUUGUGAACGAUGUGAAGAGGGCCGUUGCUUGCUUGCUCUUCGGCGGCUCCAGGAAGUUCUUGCCCAGCGGCAAUCGCAUCCGAGGUGACAUCAAUGUCUUGCUACUUGGAGAUCCGGGGACGGCAAAAAGUCAGAUCCUGAAGUUCGGUGAGAAAGCAGCGCCCAUUUCAGUGUACACGAGUGGAAAAGGAAGCAGCGCUGCGGGUUUGACAGCCGCGAUCGUCAAGGAGAAGAACGGUUUCGCUCUUGAAGGUGGAGCUAUGGUUCUGGCCGAUGGCGGCAUUGUGUGCAUCGAUGAGUUCGACAAGAUGGAUGCCAAAGAUCGUGUGGCCAUCCACGAGGCGAUGGAGCAGCAAACCAUCUCAAUAUCGAAAGCUGGCAUUACUACGAUGCUCAACACGCGUUGCAGUGUCCUCGCGGCUGCCAAUCCGCGCUUUGGUUCCUAUGAUGAGAUGGCAGGCGCGGCUGACCAGAUGGACUUCGAAACCACAAUCCUUACGCGAUUUGACAUGAUGUUCUUGGUCAAGGAUAUCAGGGAUGAGGAAAAGGACUACACACUUGCUAUGCAUCUUAUCGGCUUGCACAACGAAGGCAAGCAGGAGGAGAGCAAGGCACCAUUCUCCGUGCAAGACUUGAGGAAGUACAUAGCAUAUUGCCGCAGCAAGUGCAGCCCACGACUCAAGCCUGAGGCUAAAGAGGUUCUCAUCAACCAUUACCUGACCAUUCGCAAGAAGAUCAAGGAAGACAGUCAGGCGGUGGUACCCAUCACGGUGAGGCAGCUGGAAGCAAUCGUGCGAAUCUCGGAAAGCCUGGCAAAGAUGGAGCUGCAGCAGGAUGCUGACAUCGGUCAUGUCGAAGAAGCAUUGCGCAUGUUCACCGUAUCUACCCUGGACUCGGCGAAUCCUGACGGACAGCGGCAAGCAGGGCUGGAUACCAUGAACGAGGACGACAUGAAGGCAUUGCAAGAAGCUGAAGAGGUCAUUCGUCGACUCAUCCCUCAUGGAGGUCGGAAGAACAAGUUCACCCUGGAGAAGGAUAUGGUGUCUCGUGGAGAAGUACCUGAGCAGGUGGCCCGUCGGGCAAUCCACAUCAUGACCCGGCGCGGUGAACUGGAGGAGAAAGCUCACAACACGCUUCGAAGAGCGUGA